CAACAGUAAUAAAAAAGAAAAAAAUAAUUAAAAUUGAAGAAAAGAAUUUUGAAAAAAAAAAAUUGUUUUAAAGUCUCUUCGGGCGCGUGGAAGUUUAUCCAGAAAAAUAUUGAAAAUUAUAAAUAUUUACUUUCAAGUACUAGCUUACGUGACUUGUUCUAACGGAACUUUGCCGUUAAUAGUGUUUUGUAAAAAUAUAAACAUACAUACAUAUACAUAUAGUAUACGUAUAUACAAACUUGUAUGGAAACAAAAACAAGUGCGGUCGCAGAAAUAACAAAUAACUAAUUGUGCGAAAAAGAACAAUUAAAAUUAUUUAUUUAAAAAAAAAAACCAAAAAAAAGGAACUAUCGAACAGCGUUUGACACUGAAGGUUGCAACUAAUUCCUCGUUAAAUAAAAUCCCCACACAAAAGUCCACACAAACAAAACUCAAUGUCGGCCACCACAUACACACGGCUGCGUAACUUGGGCGCCAGCGCGGGCAAUAAAAUGGCGCCCAACACUUCGCUAUUCUUUGAUAAAAAACCCAACACCAAUGAGGCCACAUACACACUGAAGCUCGGCAAUGCACGACACAAUCUCAAAGCGGCCAAUGGUAAAACCAAUAGUCACAGUGUGGGCUCCAGUGAAUCUUCAGAUCCCUUAGAGUCAGAUUGUAGCGAAGAAGACGAGGAAGAGGAGGAGGAGGCGCCAAAGUGCGUAGUAGACGAUGAAGCGCGACGAAAGGCGCAUAAAGUUGUACAAGGUGAAGAAGAUGAAGACGAUGCGGAAGAAGAUGCUGAUGAUGAUGAUGAGGAGCUCGAUGAAGAGGACGAUGAUCCCGAAGAGGAGGAAGAGGAUGAUCCCGAUGAGGAAGAUGAUGGUAAUGAGACUGACGAUGAGGGUGAUGAUGAUGAGACAGAUGACAGCAGCAGCGUGGAAACAGCGAAAGGUGUACGCAAAUAUCAUCUGGAUGAUUUUCAAAUAAUCAAGACUGUGGGUACUGGCACCUUCGGUCGCGUCUGCUUAUGUCGUGAUCGUGUGUCGGAGAAAUAUUGUGCCAUGAAAUUAUUGGCUAUGACCGAUGUGAUACGCUUAAAGCAAACCGAGCAUGUUAAGAAUGAACGAAAUAUUUUGCGUGAAAUUCGACAUCCAUUUGUGAUCAGUUUAGAAUGGUCCACAAAGGAUGACUGUUGUUUAUAUAUGAUCUUUGAGUAUGUUUGUGGUGGUGAAUUGUUUACAUAUCUACGAAAUGCUGGACGUUUCAAUAGUCAAACUUCCAAUUUCUACGCUGCUGAAAUCGUCUCCGCAUUAGAAUAUUUGCAUUCAUUGCAAAUUGUUUACCGUGAUCUGAAACCAGAGAAUCUGCUGAUAAAUCGUGAUGGCCAUUUAAAGAUUACAGAUUUCGGCUUUGCCAAGAAAUUGCGCGAUCGCACUUGGACACUGUGUGGCACGCCAGAAUAUUUGGCACCCGAAAUCAUCCAAUCGAAGGGUCACAACAAGGCGGUGGAUUGGUGGGCGUUGGGUGUGCUCAUUUACGAAAUGCUCGUUGGCUAUCCGCCUUUUUACGAUGAGAACCCAUUUGGUAUUUAUGAGAAAAUUUUGAGUGGCAAAAUCGAAUGGCCGCGUCAUAUGGAUCCGAUUGCGAAAGACUUAGUUAAGAAAUUGCUGACAAAUGAUCGCACCAAACGUUUGGGCAAUAUGAAGGUGAGUGUGAAUGGCGCUGAUGACGUGAAGCGACAUCGAUGGUUCAAAAAUUUGAAUUGGAAUGACGUCUACAACAAAAAACUAAAGCCCCCAAUAAUUCCCGAUGUCACAUCCGAUGGUGAUACAAGCAAUUUUGAUGAAUAUCCCGAGAAGGAUUGGAAACCCGCCAGAGCAGUAGACCAAAGAGAUUUACAGUUGUUUAAUGAUUUCUAAAUCACAUGCAUACUUACAUAAGUAUGAAUGUAUGUGUGUAGUUGAUUUAAGUUUUGUAGUCUGUAUUUAUUUAUUACCU